AUGGCUAAUCAAACUCCCGCCGUUGUCAUGGACAACGGUACGGGUUACUCGAAGCUAGGGUUUGCCGGGAACGAUUCCCCAUCCUUCGUCUUUCCCACUGCCAUCGCUAUAAAAGGUCCCACAGGUGGAGGGGGUGGUUCCGGUUCGGGACGACCGGCAGUGGCUCAGAAGCCAUCGUACCUUACCGGAGGAGCCGGACCGAGUGGGCAUUUAAGUGCGAAGAGGGGUACCGAGGAUUUGGAUUACUUUAUUGGUGAUGAAGCACUUGCACAAGGCAGUGGACCGGGAUAUGGAGUUCACUAUCCCAUUAGACACGGCCAGGUUGAUAACUGGGAUCAUAUGGAGCGCUUCUGGCAGAAUUCCAUCUUUAAGUACCUUCGAGUCGAACCUGAGGACCACUAUUUCCUCCUCACUGAACCGCCCCUAAACCCCCCAGAAUCGCGUGAAAAUACAGCCGAAAUCAUGUUCGAAACCUUCAAUUGUGCCGGUUUAUAUAUUGCCGUGCAGGCUGUGUUAGCACUGGCAGCGAGUUGGACCAGUAGCAAGGUUCAAGACCGAAGUUUGACGGGAACUGUGAUUGAUUCUGGUGAUGGUGUCACUCAUGUUAUCCCGGUGGCCGAGGGCUAUGUCAUUGGUUCAUCCAUCAAGUCGAUCCCUAUUGCCGGUCGCGACAUCACAUUCUUCGUACAAUCUCUCCUACGUGAUCGUGGCGAAGCGGAUUCAUCUCUGAAGACAGCCGAGCGCAUCAAGGAAGAGUUUUGUUAUGUCUCUCCCGACAUUGUGAAGGAAUUUACACGGUUUGAUAAAGAGCCAGAACGGUUCCAGAAGUAUGUUGUCGAGCAAGCCGGUGGCCGCAGCGUCACAGUGGAUGUGGGUUAUGAACGAUUCUUGGCGCCAGAGAUCUUCUUCAAUCCGGAAAUUCAUUCGAGUGAUUUUUUGACACCAUUACCGAACGUUGUGGAUACUGUUAUUCAGUCCAGCCCAAUUGAUGUGAGAAGGGGGCUAUAUAAGAAUAUCGUUCUUUCCGGCGGUUCUACUCUAUACAAAGAUUUUGGCCGCCGUCUCCAACGUGAUAUCCGCCACCUGGUUGAUGCGCGUAUCAAGAAGUCGGAGGAAAAGUCUGGUGGAGUGAAAUCUGGAGGCCUUGAGGUCCAGGUUAUCACACACAAGAGACAGCGCCACGGUCCAUGGUUUGGUGGAUCUCUAUUGGGACAGACCCCAGAGUUCAGAAGCUACUGCCAUACCAAAGCCGAAUAUGAUGAGAUAGGACCUAGCAUUGUUAGAAGAUUUGCGUUGUUGGGUGGGCCAGGUCAGUAG